AGGACAUCAACCGACUUUGUUUGUAUUUUGACCAAUGAACAUGAGGAAUUGCGUUACCGGCUCAUUCGACCAAAUUCUACCUAACAAUGGACCCUGCAGCUUAUGAUGAGGACGCGUACCGCGCCGAGCUGCUGCACAAAAUGCGUGAAAGCGAGACGAUCGUGUACCAAGCAGUCUUUGCGCCGGAGGAGGUCGCAGGUGGGCAGACUGUGCUGGUUGCUGCUACGAGCUCGGGGCUGCUUCACAUCUACCAACUCGAUCAAGUCAUGAAACCAGCAUAUUGGGACCAAGUAGGUCGUGGCGAGGCGACAGCAUUCCCAGGGCCAAAUCUAUCGUUCCAAGCGCAUCCGACCCAGAUUUACUCGCUUCGUUUUGCUGGUGACGAGACGAACCCGCUGUUAAUAAGUGGAGGAGAUCAGGACUUUCGAGUGUGGAAGUGGAAGGAUGUUCUUGCAGCUGUGGAAGAUCCCGCAACAGCCAAGAAGCUGAAACCUGUUCAUAUCGACCACUUAAAGCGCAGGACGUUGGGCUUCAGAGGAGCUCUUCUGCCAGCUUCCGAGGUCAAUGAUAUCGCUGUGAGCAAGACUAAUGGGCACUUGUUCCUGGCCGGAGGGGACAGCAUGGCACACGAGUGGGAUGUGACCACGCAGCAGUUCACUCGUCAGUUUGAGGGUCACGAGGAUUAUCUGCAUGCGGUGCGUCAUCUACAGCACUCACAGGAACUCAUAACAGGCUCCGAGGACGGCACAUUGGGCAUUUGGGAUGUGCGUCAACACAAAAAGGUGGAAUUUCUACGUCCUCAACCAGCCACCCAGUCGAACUCUUCGUCCGUGUCUCUGUGGGUUGGUGCUGUAGCACAUGAUGAAUCCGAGAUGUGGCUGGCUUGUGGAGGUGGCAGUAAACGGCCUUCCAGAGGCCGAUCUCAAGCUGAAACAACCGGUGGCUUUCUCGGUAUGUGGCAUCUUCCCUCACGUGUACCUGUGCACUACACCAAGACAACGAGCGAUGUCCACGACGUCGUAUUCCACCACAUGGAGCUGCUCAGUGUUGGCAAUGACGCCGGUCUGAAGAAGUGGAACCGCAGCUCUGGGCAACUCCUUGCUGCAGCUCGAUCGACCUUACGGUCCUGUCAUUUCUGUGUUGUCGAUAACGCUACGGACGUGAUUGCUGUGGGCGGUUUGGCUCCUUCUAUCGACAUCUACACGAUGCCCGGUGUCGUUAGCUUUUCUCUGGUAGUCGACGAUGAGUCUAGUCAAUAAAUUGAGACUGAAGACACUGUGUAUCUAAGCUCAAUUUUGCUCUAUUUCACGGCAUUUUUGGUCACAA